AUGCCAGACCUCUCUCCGCCCAUUAUGGCACUCGGCCUCUCCCUCCUAAGUGUCGCCCUAACUCCAUCGCGCGACCGCCGCAGACUCCCUUCCAUGCCGGAGCAAGAAGCCCGCGCCAUUGUGACUCAUUUUUCCUUCGCGUGCAUGUACGCCAAGCUAGUCAUCGACAUGGCGCUCUGCGGCUUAUUCACGAUGCAGCUGGUCGCGUACGCCAAGUUCGUGCGCCGCGAAGCGCGAUGGAUCCUCACCGUCGUGGUCGUGUCCAGCGCACUCACAUACGCCAUCUCGGGAUUCAUCGUCUUCUACGUACACCACCUCUUUGUGGCUGGAUGGGGACAAUGGAAACCAUUCCUCGAGACGAAUUACUAUUGCAUGUACCCCGCGUUCGACGGGUUGGCGAGCAGCAUCGUCCAGGGAUUCUUCACGUAUCGUGCGUGGAGGCUACUAGGGCGGGACUGGCGCAUUGUUUUCGUUCUGGUUGCGUUGAUCGGCGCGAGCCUCACCUGUGCAUGUAUCGUCACCGGCCUGCUGUGGCACCUCGACAGCAUCCUCGACAUGCCUUCCAUCAAGGCCCCUGUCAUCGUGUGGCUCACUUGCGUCAUGCUCGCCGACAUUGUCAUCACCGCUGGGAUCGGGUACGGCCUCGUCCGCUCGCGCACAGGAUGGGCGCACACGGACAAGGAGAUGGUGGAUCGACUCGUACGCAUCAACCUCGAGUCGCAGGUUCCGGCAACGGUUAUGGCCAUGAGCUUUCUGAUCGUGUUCAUCAUCAAACCUCAAUCCCUGCUCAAUUUUGUGUGGCAGGGCAUCCAGUCCAAGUUCUACCUCAUCGGCUUACUCUAUACCCUCAAUAGCCGGGUCUCGUUCGUCCGACACGGCGUGUUCAAGCCCCGCGAUGUGGGGAUUACUGUCGUGGUACAGACUGAGACGUUUGCGAGUGAUGGCGUACGGUCGGUUCUCGCGCCGGCUGAGAACGAGGUGAUUCCGCUUGAACAGAUCCAGAUUAAGCCGUCCGACUGGUAUGCGUCGGCUACAAGUGUUGUUCCAGUUAGGGAGGAGAAGGCGGACAAGACUGGCGAGGACGAAGACGACGGGACGCUUGUGGGAGAGUAUGUGUACAAGCAGCGUGACUGGGAGUAG